CAUUUUCACUUGAAAUUUAUUUUUCACUUUUUUUUGGAAUUUUACAAUUCUUAUGUCCAAACGCCCACUAAAUACUUUGAGGAGUAUUUUUUUAUGGGAAGAUAAUGCAGAUAAAAGGAAGCUAGAUCUAAUCAAAUGGCAAAGGGUAAUGACUGCUUAAAAGGGUGGUGGGAUGCGGAUUAGAAAUUUGAGAUUGCAUAAUGAGUGCUUAUUAUCUAUCUUGCUGUUUUCAAUGCUUCUUUUACAUGGCUCCUCAUUGUUGUUUCUGGCUGUUUUCUUUUCAUUAUUGUUGUGCUUGCCCUUCAUUGAGCCGAGGGUCUAUUUGAAACAUCCUCUCUAUCUCCACGAGAUAAGGGUAAGGUUUACUUACACACUACCCUCCCCAAACCCCACUACGUGAUAUUAUACUGGGUUGUUGUAUAACGAGUAAGUGCUUAUUAUGCAAAUGGUUGUGGAAAUACAAUGAGGGAAAAUAAAGCAUUUGGAAGAAGUCGAUAAAUGUUAAAUAUGUGAAGAAGGAUGUUAGGAGUCCUCCCACUGUUCAAAUUUUCUCGAAAGGUAGUAUCUGGAGCUACACUAGCAGGUUCAGCAAUACACUAAACUGAGGUUGGGCAAUAGUGUCAAAAUCAACGCAUGGAGUAUGGGCGGGGGUAGUGUUUCUGAAUUCUUUUCCCUUAGUAGGUGGUUGUGGAGUCUAGAAGAGGAUUUAAUGAUUGGGAGAUGGAAGAAGUUGGCAACUGCUUCAGUUACUUGGCACAGUAGUGAUAGAGAAGAUAAGAAGAUUACAUGGUUUGGACUGUAAGUAAUGAUAUGAAAUAUUCUGUCAGAAGUUGUUAUAAUUUUCUCCAGGAUUAAGCUGAUAAUUAUGAACCAAAGUGUCCAUGGAAAAUGCUAUGGAGUUGGUCACGUAACACACCUAACAAAUCAACCAGCUAAAAAAAUCUAAUAUUGCCAACCUAGCAGUUCUAAAUCUUAUUUAAUAAUUAUUAUUUACCAGGGAAAACAUAGAAUCUGAUUUUUCUUUCUUUGUUUUAUCAGAAUAGCAACUGGGUCUUUCUCUCAACUAUGGUACAUGUAGAGGAAAUAUGUUUUGUUGGAAAAACGUCACCAUUCCUCAACAUUGUGAAAAACAUGGUCUUCUUUCAAUAGGAGUAUAAAUAUUUUGGGUGGAGACAGUAUUUUAGCUUAUGGUACUUAAGAGUUUAAAAUCUUAGACACCCUUUCGAGUUUCGCUGAAAGAUCUGAAUUUGCGUGGUUCCAACUGAUGUUUUACUUGCUUAUUCCCUUCUUUGCUAUCCUAUUUCAUAUUUUCUAUUGCACGUACUAUUAGCUAAUCCCUCUUUCCAUGCUUCAGGAAAAGCUUUGUAAAGCAAACACUUGGCAAAAUUUGCAGCCUGCAGCAGAAAUUGUUUCGCUCUUAUCUGAGAUAAACAUUGGUACUGAUAAAAAUGAUUGUCGUACCAGAACAAAAACAGCAAAUAUUCCUGCUGUUAUGGCUGCAGCAGCUGCACCAUCUGGAGCAAAAUGAAAUUUAACAGAGGCAUUUAAUUUCGAGGUACUCAGUACUGGUAUGAUCAGUGCAACUGCGAAGUGUAAUCAUGCUGGAGGAAUUGCUGGUAUGAGAAGGUUAUAUGAUAGUAUUGGUAGCCUUGAUCUCCCAACUUUGGGUCCUGAUGAUAUGGUGGGAAAUUUGCAGCCAAAAACUGAGUCCUUUUCUGAUGUUUUACUUACAAAUUUUGUCCAACAGCUCCAGAAAUUUGUCAUCUAUGUUGAAGGAGGGGGAGAAGUGGACAAGUCAUCUUUCCGUGAAACAUGUUCUCUAGCAACUGCUUUUCUUCUCUCUGAUCUGGGCUCUGAUUCUAAAUCAAAUGUUGAAAGCUUUUCACAACUUGUACAUCUUCUUUGCUGGUGCCCAGCUUAUAUAUUGACACCCGAUGCCAUGGAAACUGGUGUAUUUAUUUGGACGUGGUUGGUUUCUGCUGCUCCUCAAUUGUGUUCUCUGGUACUUGCUGAGCUUGUCGAUGCCUGGUUGUGGACAGUGGACACAAAGCAAGGAGUUUUUGCAUCUGAAGUUAGGUGUUGCGGACCUGUUGCUAAGUUAAGGCCUCACCUAGUACCCGGGGAGCCAGAAGCACCGCCUGAGAAGGAUCUUGUUGAACAAAUAAUGGCCCACAGACUAUGGCUUGUGUUCUUUAUUGAUCAUUUUGAGGUCGUUCGACAUGAUAUGUUCCACAGCUUUUACUUUUCUGGCGGUUAUUGCAAGGAACUACCAAACUGCCCUGGAACUUUUCUUCCCACCCUGCUGCUACUGGCACAUUUUUCACCCUCAUGCUUCUUGGACUGAAGUUUUGCUCGUGCAGAUCACAUGGUGUUUUGCAAAAUCUCAGGGCUGGGCUUAAGCUUCUGGAAGACAGAAUAUAUCGGGCUUCAUUGGGGUGGUUUGCUCACCAACCUGAGUGGUAUGACAUGAAUAACAACUUUGCCCUGAGUGAGGCGCAGUCUGUUUCUAUGUUUGUCCAUCAUCUUUUGAAUGAGCAAUUAGAUACUCCCCAACUUUAUUCUGAAAGACGGGGACUCGAAAACUCUUUGAAUGAUGUGAAAGAUCAAUUCCAUCAUGUUUGGGGUCAAAUGGAGAGCUAUGUUGUUUGGAGGGAGAAGGUGAAGCAGUUGCUUCUGUUGUUAUGCCAGCAUGAAGCUGUCAGACUUGAUGUCUGGGCACAACCUAUUGCCAAGGAAACCACUCCAUGUCUUAAAAUCAGCUCUGACAAUUGGGUCAGUCUUGCUCGAACUGCCUUUUCUGUGGAUCCUCGUUUAUCGUUGUGUCUGGCUGCCAGGUUUCCUGCAAAUAUUCAUCUAAAGGCUGAAGUAACGCAGUUAGUGCAACACUACGGUUCCGUUUUUAUCAAAGAGGUCGAGUUUUCUCUCUCUUGUUGGUUGUCCGCAACACAAGCUCCUUCUGAUUUCCUUCUGAUUGGGCUAAAAUAUGGAAAUAUUCAAGGAGACAGUUUCCGGAGAAAUCUUGUCUUCAGAUCAAAUUCAGCUUCUCCAUCGCCUCCUAGCCAAACUUGCCUCCGCUAAUGUUGCGACAUCCAAUUAUGUGCAAUCAGGAUUGCUGGAACAUUCUGAACCUAUCCCUUCUAGUUUUGAUUUUUCCGUUCACCGGAGUUAAGGUUCCGUCGAGACAGACUUGGUUUCUGGCGAGGCAUAUUAUUUUCAUCAUUUUUCUUCUGAUUGAGCAAAAAAUAUGGAGACAUUCAAGGAGACGAUUUUUAGAAAAAUCCUGUCUUCGGAUGAAAUUCAGCUUCUUGGUCGCCUCCUAGACAAGCUUGACUUCGCUAAUAUUGCCACAUCCAAUUAUGUGCAAUCAGGUACAACCGUUGUAGCUCACCUUAAUUCUUGGAUUGUUGAUUCUUGUGCAAAUAGACACAUGACAUGCUCUUCUAAAGGCAUGCAAAAUUGUUCUCCGUGUUUCAAAAAAGAUAAUGUCAAAAUUGCCAAUGGUUCUUUAACACCUCUGGAACAGGUUCUGUCAUUUGUACUCCUAAUAUUAAACUAUCAUUUGUGCUCUAUGUCCCAGAGUUCUCUGUUAAUAUUUUAUCUAUAAGUGCCAUCCCUAAAGCUUUAAGCUGUGAAAUCGAGUUUUUUCCCAAUCAUUGUAUUUUUUAGGAUUUUCUAACAGAGAAAAUGAUUGGCAGUGGUAGAUUGAGUUAUGACUUGUAUAUAUUAGAUGGAAUUCAAAACUCUGGUCAAGCCUUUUUUAGGGAAAGUAAGGAUGUCAACUAAGAAAUAAUACAGUGGCAUAGACGGUUAGGACACCCAUCAUUCUUUGUUUUGAAGAAAUUAUAUCUCAGCUUGUUUUCAAGGACUAAAUUUGAAUUUUUGUUCUAUGAUGCAUGUUAAUAUCCCAAGAAUACUAGAAACUCUUAUCCUAAGAGUGAUAAUAGAAGCACACCUCUGUUUUUGACUAUUUAUUCUGAUUUAUGAGGUCUUGCCCAAAUUGUUUCUUUAUGUGGUAGUCGAUGAUUUUUGUUACUUUUAUUGAUUGCUGCACUAUGAUGACUUGGGUAUAUUUGUUAAAAGUCAAAAGUGAAGUUUUCUCAGUCUGAUACCAAAAUAAAAAUCUUGAGAACUAGUUGUGUCACACCCCAACCUAGGUUAGGUGGACAGGCACAUAAUGCCUUAGGUACAUAGGCGACCCAUUCCAUAAAACUAGUAAACUUACCACAUUUGCAACACUUGCAAUCAGAAAAUCCUAAAAUACACACACAUAUAUAUAUAUAGAUAGAUAGAUAGAUAACGGCAAAGGGCCAAAUAUACCCUUGUACUUUCGAAAAUAGUCUAAAAAUACUCUUCGUUAUACUAUUGGGUUAUCUAUACCCUGUCAUACUUUGGAACAAAUAUACCCUUAUUUUGGAUGGAGUGCCACGUGGCAGCACCAGAUGAAAAUGACCCGUUUCUUUUUUUUUUUACCCGAUCCGU